GGACAACCCAAUCACCCACUCUCCUUUGAAGACAUUCGUUCUAUAGAUCUAUAGAUCCUCCCCUCUUAGUCCCUAAUUACUAUCCCUAAUCACCGUAGAUACAACCAUUUCCGCUGCAAUAUUCCCAUCAUGAGGUUCCCAGUAGUUCUAACCAUUAUUUCUGGUGCUGUGGCACUCCCCUGGUUCCAUCGUCGGCCACAUCACGGUGGAUCAAACUCACCAGAUCACGGAAAAAGACCUGUAUAUCAUGGCCAUGGUGGUGGAUAUGGUGUCGCUCCUUAUCCCUACGAGCCGAGUGUUGUCACCAUUACAGUCACUGCAGAGCCUGUCCCUGAGUCUACAACUUCUAGCAGUUCAUCGACAACUUCCGGAGAUGUCACCCUGACAAGCACUUCCAGCUCCAGCAGCAGCAGUUCAGGCUCGUCCACUCUGAGCCUGGAACCUACCUUUGCCACCCCUUCCGAGUCAACUACCCCCACCACCGAGUCUACCCCCAGCUUCUUUUCUACAACCAGCUCUGGUUUGGCCACUGGCACAGGAGACGCCACGCUCACAGCCAACUCGACUAUCACCAGCGUAAUUUCAGCCACAGCAACUGGUGUCGAUACGACUUUCACUCUUAUUUCGACCAUUACCAGCACAAUCUCUGAAACGGUGUCUGAGGAACCCACCUUCACAGGCUUACCCAGCUCUAACAUCACCAGCUCCGGCCUGUCUACUGGAACUGGAGAUGCCGGCCUGCCCACUUCGAACGGCACAAUCACGAGCACAAUUGUUGCAACUGCUACUGGUGGUGACGCUACUUUCACUCUGAACUCGACCAUUACCAGCACGGUUUCGUCCACCCUCAGUCUGGAGCCCGUCUUUACCGACUUGCCGCCGACUGGAACUGGAAACGCUACUGCUCCCACAAACUCCACUAUCACCAGCACAAUCGUCGCGACCGCUACUGGCACAGGAGAUGCUACCUUCACUCUCAACUCUACCAUCACCAGCACGGUCCUCGCCACUCCAACUGAUCUGAACAGCACCACCAUCCCCACGGCGUUUCCUAACUCCACUAUUUCCAGCACAGGGUCAUCCACUCUCAGUCUAGAGCCCGUCUUUACAGGCUCGUCACCGACAGGAACAGGGACAGGUAGCAUUUCAUUGCCCACCAAUGCCACCAUCACCAGCACCAUUGUUGCAACUGCUACUGGUGGUGACGCUACUUUCACUCUGAACUCGACCAUUACCAGCACGGUUUCGUCCACCCUCAGUCUGGAGCCCGUCUUUACAGGCCUGCCACCGACGGGAACCGGUAACAUCACCUUGCCCGUCAACGCCACCAUCACCAGCACCAUUGUUGCAACUGCUACUGGUGGUGAUGCUACUUUCACUCUGAACUCCACCAUCACCAGCACGGUCUCAUCUACUCUGAUUGUAGAGCCCACCUUUACAGAUCUCCCACCGGUUUCAUCUGGAAACGGCUCCUCACCAGGUUUCACAUCCAUCUCUAGCAGCAGCAGCAGCAGCAGCUUCACCGGCGGUGUCCUGCCUCCCGUGACAGCGUCUUCCGGCAGUCUCCCGGUCGCGACUUCCAACUCCACUUCCACCAUCACGGUCUCCUCCACGCUGAGCUUGGAGCCCACUUUCACUGGCUUCCCGACGAACUCGUCCACGUCCAGUGUGGAACCCACAUUCACUGACCUCCCACCGGUCUCCUCCACGCUGAGUCUGGAGCCGACCUUCACUGGUUUCCCAACGAACUCAUCGACGUUCAGCGCGGAACCCACCUUCACUGGUUUCCCGACGAACUCGUCCACGUUCAGCGUGGAGCCUACAUUCACUGACCUCCCACCGAUCUCCUCCACGCUGAGCCUGGAGCCCACCAUUACUCUGCCCACCGAGACUCUGCCCACCCAGAGCUCUACCGCUGAGCCUGUCUUUACGGGCUACCCUUACUGGCCCCGCCCUCCCCACUACCCCUGGUAAAGCCCGAGGAAGUAGGCCGCGGACCAACGAUGGCAUCGAGACGAGAUGAAAUGAAAUCGGUUAUUGUACAGCUUGUUUUGGGUACUCUUAUUCUUACGUUCAUUCAUAAUACUUGCCAUAGGGUUGUUUUACCUUGUAAUUAGCGAAGGGAUGUUGCUCACACUGGAUGGUACAAAAUGAAGUGGGGGGGUUCUUUUUCCUUGUUGAACCAUUCUUUCAUAUGUCUUGGUGCAUACUGGUUGCAACGUGGUGGUUCUAUCUCUGGAGAUACCUAAGAUAGAUGAAUAUAACACGAUCAUUCGACGAGCGGUUAUGAUGCAAUCUCGGUGAAUAACGCCUUAUUCUUGGAUUGUUUUGUUUCUCGUACGCGGUUUU